GUUGGAAGAACUUAGUGUGUCGUGAACUUACCCAGACCCAUGUCGCCGCCACGUGGUCGACGAUACGCAGUAGUGUGAUCGACUGUGCGGUGUGUGAUUGAGCGUGCCUCGGCGUCACUAUCACAACAACCCGGUUCAGACAUGGCAGCGCUGUCUUCAUCACCUCUACGAGUCUGCAGAGGAAUACUCAAAGAGCUCCGAGCCAUCCAAGGACCCACAUAUAAACGGUCCCUGGCCUACAACUAUGUCAUGGAGCAGUUUCGUAAGAAUAAGGUAACAGGAGAAAGGUACUGCCGUGCCCAGCAGGAGGCACAUCACGACUCACACACAUAUCUGUGUUUGCUGGCGUCCACCCGGACCCACAUGGCCCUGCACAACCUUUACCAUGGCAAAGGAGAGCGCAGCGCAGAAGAAGCGGCUGGCCUGGUGGGGCUCAGGUUGCCCACUCAGCCGGGAGGUAAAGGCUGGGAGAAGUGAAGGACACGAGAGGGUGCGACGCAGUCUCGACACUCGUCGGAAAUGACUUUUCUGUGGCUGUUUCAUCCGGUCUCGAACAAUUCACCUCAUGAAAAGUAAACUGCAAAGGGAUACAUGUUUGACUGGAGAUUGUGCCAUCAUGGACAGACUUAUUCCUGUUGUGUUGUUCUACCAAUGUUCAAUAUGAGGAUAAUCUGACCUGAGAGUAUUUUAAGCAACUGUGAAAAUAUAUGCUAUGAUGAAAACUCUGUUGUUUAGCUGUAAAUAUACUGUACCCUACAGCUUGUCCACACAUGAUUUCUUUGUGUUUUGGCAUUUUUCCUAACUGUAAAAAGGCAAAAGCAACCAUUCAAAUGGACUGUAAGUACAUUUUGAUUAAUUUGUCCAAUUAAAAUAUUACUCACUGUU